UGCCGGGCAGACAGGUCAUUAUAGCAAAUAUGCGACUUAUCUGAUCAUUUCUCAGUCAAGUAAGUUUUUAUCUCCUUUGAUCACAUGACGCGCAAGUGCUCUCUAUUUGUUAGUUUGGAGCAUUGGAUUUGGGGGCCUCGCGUGUGUCACUUCCUCCUCCUGAAAGAUUCAAGUAGUUUAGGGGUACGUGUGUGCGCGUGUGUGUGUGUACUGUUGUGUCCAUGUGUAUAGACGUGUGUGCCGGCGUGUGUGUUUGAGCUCUGUCUGAGGUACAGAGUAAGUUUCUCAGGUCAAAGGAGAGGUAUGCAGAUAGAAAGAAAGCACACCUGUGUAACACACACGCAGACACACAGUGCCAUACACACACAAGUGUACACAACCAUAUCUAGAUGCAAAAAAAAAAAAACAAAGGAAAAAAAUGGCAGCCCACAUAUAAGUUCAUACCACCCUCAGAGCUGUUUAAAUGUAAUAUUGUGAAAUUUGAACCUGUAUUAGGUUGUGGCUCUUCUUGGUAAUCUGUAAACGUAAUAUAAAUGUAAACAGUAUAUAUAUAAACAUCAUAUCUAUUUUUGGAAUAAAUCCAGUGUACGGCAAGGCGGUUGUUUUGCAGGUUGCGAUGUGUGUAUCGUAUGUGUGUGGUACUGUCGAAAUGAGGCAAUAAUGAUGUCUGUGUUUCGGUUAAUAGGCCAGCAUCAGUUCAUGUUUCUUUGCUACAUGCUUCCUAUGUAGUUUAGGAGUGUGCAUGCUGUGAAUACGAGUUGGUUGUCUACGGUACGUCUUCCAUUUUGUUUACUUUGAGGAUGAUUCUUGUUAAUGACAACUUGGGUCUUUUUUUUUCUUUAUUUCCACCCUGUAUCAAUUUUAAACCCAUUUUGCAUAAUUUAAAUAGUCAAAUUCGGGGGGGAAAUUAUGAUAAACAAUAAAAUAGUCCAUGUACUGCUUUUUGAUCAUAUCGUUUGUGUACGCAUGUGUUUCCACUGUAACAACGGUGAUUAAUUUAAACUGGAUCUGAACAAAUGUGUUUGUUAGAGCAAUAAUAAAUCAACAGAAGCACAUUAGGCACAGGUUUUUAUAAUCGGUAAAUUAAUGUUGCCUAAUUUAGCUGCUCCAUUUCCUGCUUUAACUUCAUUUUGGAUUUUCAAAAGACCGGUCAGACCAAAACGCUUAAAUUUACUUGGCAGAUUAGAGGUGCCCAGUGGAGUUUACUUACAAAGGAAAUAUUGUGACCUCAGGUGUCAUUCACCAAAACCCAUUGUUCUCUAAGAAACGUCUGGAGUGCAUUUCCUUUUGCAAUGCUAAUUCAUUGGUAGAUAUUUCAAAUCCAGCAUUGUUUACGUUCUUGCUUACUUGGUAGCAGUCUUGUUCUUCCUGUCGAUCAGUGUAGUGUCUGCAGCCACUUGCAGGAAUGUGUAACAUUACUCACAUUCUUGCACAAGUGGAGCAAUGGCAAGACGUAGAAAAAGGUGCGAUAGAACUGCUAGAGGCCGAGAAUUCCCGGGGGUGAAACUUGAGUCGGUAAUGAAAGUAAACAUUAGUUGCAGCAACACCAUCAGUGCUCACUGAGGUGGCACGCCAUUAAGUUAGCUGUCUGAUCUUUCCUGCUUCAUCAAAUCUAUGCUUGUUAUAAACAGUUAACCGGUUUAAUCCAGUCUGGUCAUAAUCAGAUUACAUUAAAUAACACAAUACGUAAGAAAACGUGACCCAAGUUGUACUGAAUUAUCCUUUAAAAUCUGUGUGUGCCAGACAGUCAUCCUUUACGUCAUCUUUCUCCUCGUCUCUCUCUUUCUCAGGGUAGGAGUCGAAUUAAAUUGCAUUUAAUACCUAUCGAACGAUUCUCUGAGAUUGUUGUAUUUAUUUUAAAAGCACUUUUUCAAGAAGCACUUUUUGGUUUUUGGUUUUUUAAUUUGGUGGCGCUAAGCGCCCCUACGUAAUUCCCUCCCUCAGAGCGAUGGGAAUGUUUGACUUGACGAGUGAAUCACGUAGACACUUUAGAAUAUCUUUUUGUUGUUUUUUUCUUCAAUGCUUUCUGCCAAAGUGUGUCUUCCCACCAGUGUACAACUGGGUUUCAUAUCUGUGAAGUAGCCUCUUUUCUUGCAGUGGUCUUAGAGGUGUAGAUUUAUCUGAAGCAGCCUUUGUUUGAUCCAUUGCUCAUGUUUUUUUUUUUUUCUUUGUGAAUCAUGUGAUGGAGUUAUUAGCUGGAGAAGAGAAUGCCACAAGUCAAAGAAAGACUUUGAAGAUUCGUCUUAGAUCACAGCUCUUUCUUCCUCCUCUGCUUUUAUCUGUUCACCGCUUUGAGCCGUUUGAAGUGAAACUGCACAGAGCUAGCACCGCUUCGUUGUCAGGGUUAAAAGAGGAAAAAUAGGGCUGCGUUUGUCAGGGUUGUUCACAUGGUCAGAAUAUGGCAUCCCACCCGUCACUAAGCCUAAGCAGUGCUUCUGGCCUAUACCAUUUGUGUGUAUGUGUAUUUAAUGCGUGUUUGUGUGCCCCCUUCAGUUUGAGUGUUUUAGCUACGGGUAUGUUGUCACAUUAUGCAUAAUGGUACGUUGCAUUCAUCUCUAAGUGCCAUUAAGUUUGCACAUUAGCCUCGUUCACCUCUUUUUGGGCAUUCGCUGUAUUGCACAGUGUGUGCCCCGAACUUUAUUGAGAAACAAUGGGUGUGAAGUUGUUACUUACCAAUUACUUAUUAUUUACACUGAGACCAUUUCAAAGUUUUUUUUUCUCACAUUAUAGCUUAUUAUUAUAUUAGGGCAUGUGUGUGCAGAUGUGUGGGGGAGUGGUGGGAAAAACAGCCGUGUGGUUAAAUGCCUUUUUUUUGUAAAGCGGACUGAUGCUGGUGUCUUUGUUUUUGGGUUCUUUUUUUUCAUUUAGAGUAAUGUGUCUGUUACCUGUUGUCAAUUUAGCUUGUACAUUCAGAUAUGAACCUAAUAAAUAUGUCAAAGAUAAAUACGCCUCUGUUUGUGUGAUGCUUACUGUAAAACACACACACACCACACACAGAGAGAGAAAGAGUCAACAGGACAUGGUCUUUGGAAUAUGUUUACCUUAAGGGCAGUUGAACAGGUGGAUUAUGUUGCGUCCCCGUCUCCCACACCUACAAUCAGUGCUACACCCUCACAGUGUCUCCCCUGCUGCAAACAUAAACCUGCCUGUCAGUUAGAUGUCAGUGUGCUGCAGGCAUCAAGUAAAGUCGGUUCACAUAACAGCUGAGAAGGACCUGAAGAGCCUUCAUUUGUGCUCAUUCGCUUCACUUACAUUUCAGUUUUUCAGCCUGUGGUCCUCUCUAUAUGUAGCUACCGUUUUACCCGUGGGUGUAUGGCUUCAUUCCUGAGCUUAGAUGUUUGUCAUACUAAUCCUGGAGCACAGAUACUGUUAAGUCUUAAGAGGUAAGACUCUUUUCUACCAUUCUCCCUGCCUUCUUCCCUUCUUACUUACUUUUGCACCAGGGAAAAAAAACAAACACCUUUUUAGGUUUUGAUCCACACCUGCCUGCUCUCUCUGCGCAGAGUGCAUGAAGGAGAGUCUGUUUGCAGUGGGUGGAAAGGGGAAGAAGGCGGAGUUGUGUUUUUGUACUUUUAAUGGGUUGUGGAGAAACCUGCCUGUCUGCUUGGAGCUGGGAGAGGAGGAGCCUGUGGGGUGUGGGACUUCAGACAAAGGAGACAUAAACACACUGACACUGGAUCACUGGAGCAAAAAAAGAGUAGGAGACGACUAAGGGAGACGAUCCCUAACUCUUGGACUACUUUUUCGCUAUAUUUUGGAGAAAACAAACUUUAUGUAAAGGAGAUUUUUGAGGGGGGGGUGUGAUACCUUGGAUCGGUUUGUGAGCUGAGACAUGUUUGUGUUGGAGCGGUGGUGGCCAUAUGUUGCCCAGACUGUGUAGAAGUGUGUGUGUUUGGGAUGGAAAAGUGGAGCUGGCACGAUCAACAUUUCUGCUCUUAGCUUCACGCCAUGGGGGGGUGCCAUAGUUACCCCUCGGCUAAAGAAGCAGACGGGAAGACCCUUCAGCCCUCUGACAUCAGCAGUGACAAAUUGGGGAUUAAUAACAAUAACCAGGAAGCGCGUCCAUAUCUGCAGCAGCAGUAUGUGUGUCAGCGGAUCACACAUGCAGACAUGUAUGCCCUCAUAGCUCUGCCGCCUGGCGUCGACAAGGCAGAGUGGCUUGCCAGCAACACUGUGGCAUUUUUCAAGCAUAUAAACCUGUUCUCCAGUGCGCUAUCAGAGUUCUGCACUCCCAGCACAUGCCCAACUGCCUGUGGACCAGGCAACGCGGUUUAUGUUUGGACUGAUGACCAUGGCAGGAAGCUUAAGUGCUCUGCUCCGCUUUACUUUGACUACGCCAUGUCAUACAUUCAGGACCUACUGACUGAUGAAGACGUGUUCCCUACAAAAGCAGGUGCAAAAUUUCCGACAGGCUUCGUGUUUAUGGUCCAGAAGGUGUUUCUGUUGUUGUUCAGGACAAUGGCUCACAUUUAUUGGUCUCACUACACACAGGCCCAGCAGGUGGGUCUGCACCCGCACCUCAACACGCUUUUCAUGCACCUGACGCUCUUCUGCCGGCACCAUGAGCUGCUGGAUCCAGAAGACACUGAGCCACUGCAGGACCUCAUCACAGCUUUGGGACGACAUGGGUGAACUUAAAGGGCAGCCGCAGAUAUUGUACAAUCACAUCAUUGCACGCUUAUUUAUUUCUUAAAUCUGAUUGUCUCUCACCACUCUGGGCCAAAUUUAAACGUAUUCCCCAGUAUAGAUUUUUAAAGAAAGCUCUAUAAGGAGAGCAAUGCAAAGAAACAAUGCUCCUGUUGUUCUGUAGAAUUGGACUGAAGUGUAUGACUAUUGCAUGCUUUCUUUUGUUGUUGUUGGGUUUUUGUUUUUUUUUUUGCUUUUUUAACAUAAUGGUGCACUAUUUUACUUUGAUAAGGUCAAGAUCUUCAAGGUCACUUAACCAAACAAACCCAGUUUGUGCCAUUUUUGUAUUUUGUGCACCGUGCAAAAAUGCUGCAUCUGCAUCUUCAUGUAUUUUAGAGUACUUUGUAAUAAAUAUUUGUGAGCCAUUAUCUGUACAGUGGAACUGAAAAGCAUGCAUACUUUAUUUUGGAGAAAUUAGUGAAUACAAAAAAGUGGGAAGAAUUGGUUAAAGACAGGGAGGGACUUUGUGUUUGAUCCUGAAGUGGGUGCUGGUGCUGUUUUAUUUAGCAUAUUUUCAGGUCUUUGGUUUAUAAUCAGCGCCACCUGCUGCUAGUAAAGGAAUCCAGCACGUAUCACAUUUUCCCUGCACCAUCUGUAAAUAUUUGUUUACAUACUGGAUUUAUGAUUAAACUGACUUAUGAGAGUUAAA